AUGCGUUCUGCAAAACUUCCCAUUCGGGUUUUGACACACAAUAUCCGAUAUGCAACCUCGUCCCCCUUCAAAGGCGAACGACCCUGGGAUGAACGCAAACAAUUGCUGUUGAAUGAAUUUGAAUAUGAGACUCGUCAUUGUGGGGAGACUUUCGUCUGUCUACAAGAAGUUCUUCACAAUCAACUUGGUGAUAUCCUGGCUGGAUUGAAUCAGGACACAGAGCCCGAAGCACCAGAAUGGAAGUAUAUCGGUGUCGGCAGAGAUGAUGGCCACGAGGCUGGGGAAUACUCUCCUAUCAUCUACAGACCAUCAGUCUGGGAGUUGCUACACUGGGAGACGGUGUGGCUAUCCAAGACACCCGAAACGCCGUCCAAGAGUUGGGAUGCAGCCUCCAUCCGCAUUGUCACCAUUGGUGUCUUCACUCAUCGAGUUACUCGGAAUACGGUCCUUGCCAUGAACACCCAUCUUGAUGAUCAAGGAUCUCAAUCUCGUUUUGAGGCUGCGCGUAUCAUUCUUGGAAAGAUUUCUGAGUACAGCCAGAACAAAUACGCAAAGCUCAUUUCGGGCAUUUUCUUGACUGGCGAUUUCAACAGCGAAGAGAACCAGGAAGCUUACCAAGAGUUGACAAAAAGCUUGCUUGAUGCAUAUAAGGAAAUUGAGAGUUCGAGACGAUAUGGUAAUCACAUUACCUGGACUGGAUUUGGGUACGAGGAUGACCCAGCCUCGCGUAUUGACUAUGUUUUGGUGGUACCCGGGACUCUGACAGUCAUUGGAUAUGCAGUACUAGGGAAUCGGUUCGACGAUGGUGUUUUGUGCUCAGAUCAUCGGGCUGUUAUUGUGGAUUUGAGUCUCUAA